AUGCUGCUCAGAGAAUUACGAGCCUGUGCUGAGUGUGCCUUAAAGCCGCGCACGACAAACUUGGAUCGAAUUUCGAAAACUACCAGGGAAUUGUUGAAAGGAAGAAGGGCUUUGAGGCUUGAUCCGAAUGUAUCGCACUUUAAGCGGUUAGUAGCAAACACUAGUUGCUCAAAAGCGUUGCAGGGGGAUUAUUUUAUUUUAUUAUUAUUUUAUUUUUCAAAAUACGGACAGAAGAAGGUUCUGGAAGCAGCACAAAGAAGAACGAGUCUAGAGAAGUGCCGCAGGGAUCUCCGCGAAUACCAUAUUUUGCUAGGAGCCUUGCUGAGCGAAGACGGGACUCGCACGUCUUCUCGUCGUGAAAUGGAAGUCGUUACGGAGAGGUUCUACUCGAACCUUUCCCCUUCAUCAACUCCUGUGUCAAGCCCGAUCAUCCCCAUUGGUGAAGCUCCACCAUGGAUUCUCCCUUCGGAAUUACGAGUCGCUAUCAAGAGCAUGAAACCUGGCACAGCCCCCGGACCUGAUUUUUUAUCAGCAGAUUUCCUUCAGGCUAGUGAUCAUCCAAUUCAUGUAAUCUUAGCAGCGCACAUGACAUCCUACCUUCAGAAAGAAAGGAAGACAUCGCGAACUGUUCUUAUCCAUAAGAAAGGUGACCGAGAGGACCAUCGGUACUACCGUCCGAUAUGCUUGCUGAGCGUGUUAUACAAAGUAUUCACCAGGAUCAUCCUCACGCGCAUAUCUAGGACGCUGAAGCCCAGCCUUAAGAACAAGCUGGAUUCCGCCAGGGGUUCGGCUGCUUGGGCCACAUCUCGACCGUGUCGAGGGUCAUAG